GCCACAAGGGGGCAGCAUCCUGUCACCUGUUGGCUACUCACUGAACCAGACUCCGGAUAUUUCCCGCUAAUUUAACAACUUCCGCCAGUUAAUCAAACCCAUUGAUCUAUGCCUGUGAUCACACGAAACAAACACCACGGACAACACCUGAUGACACGUGCAGCAGAUAAUUUGCAGUGAGCAGAGCCGAACCGAUGCUGCAACACAUCAUCAUCAUCAUCAUCAUCCUGAUGGAGGAGCCGCGCUCCCACUCAGGCUGCUCACGUCUUCCAAGCAUCAUUUAAACUCUACCUUCUACAUGGAAACAUGCAGGUUCUGCAUGUCACAUUGAUUCUGACUCUGGGAAUACAAACACGUUUUCGCCACAGCAUGCUGGUAAUGGGGCAGCAGCGGCUGCUUGAGGAGCAUAAAGCGGAACUCUUGUGUUUGCCGUGUUUCCUGCGGACGCCUGCAGAGCGGGACCGGUGUUCAGAAGAGGGCUGAUGACCGACUACUGAUCAGAGGACCGUGAUGCAGUGCGGCUGGCUUCAUUCAGGUCCGCAGUUGUGGCUCCGGUGCGUCCACAGACAGGUGAGGGUGACGGCGGGAAAGCAGCGGGAGGAGCACCGCGGCUGGCUGCUGACCGUGGACCCGGUCUCCCACAGUGUGGCUCUGGUGAGUUUCGGGGAGGACGGUGCGUCGGUCCGGGUGGUUCUGGGUCACGCUGUGGAACAUGUGGAGGUUCUGCAGGAACCGGACCCGGACACGGAGGAGCGGCUCCGCUCCCUCCUCCCGCCUCCGGAGACCGGCGGCCCGGAUCCGGGCGAGCGACGCCGGAGGAGGUCCGGAGUCCGCCGCUGGCUCCAGCAGAACCGGGUUCCGGUAGAGGAGGAUGGGAACGAACUUCGGGUCGCCCGUGUUCUGACCAUCCGGGCCCCAUAUCGACCCGACGACUGCAGCAGCGCCAACCAGAUCAUCCUGGACCGGGUCCAGAGACUGCUUCGGGUCCAGCCCGACCCGGUUCCUGAUUCUGACCCGGUUCUGGAGACCAGCCCGGCUCCAGAGACUGCUCCGGGUCUAGAUGGACCCAUUCCAUCUGGGCAUUGAGACGGAUCCAGAGCGGUUCUGGUUCAGUCUGGAUCCAGUUCCUGUUUAACUGGCUUUAGAUGAGCCGUCUGGUACCAAACAGGUUUCUGAACCACAGUCUGGAUCUAUCAGAAGCUCCUGAACAGAACCAGGUGGAAACGGGUGUGCAUGGCCCUUUAAAUCUGAGGGCUGAAGCCCCGCCCCUUCCUGCUGGUCUCCUCCAAUCAGCUGAUCAUGAAUCAGUUUAGUUUGAAUCCUUUCAAACCAAACUGACUUUCCGUUCCGGUUGUGUUUCUCUGGACCUCCUGUCAGCUAGCUGGGUUUAAAGUUCUGCAGAACUGGGCCAUGGACAGUGCGGUCCUGAUUGAUCCAAUAAAUCAGAUUCUACCAUUAA